UGGAGACAUAGGCGGGGGAUAAACAAGAGUCAACAGGGUGGUUAGGGUAGUUUUGGAGGAUUGCGGGUUGCGGUGGUAUAUAUAUCAAGAGACAAUCCCAGUGUGCGAAUUAGGGCGUAAAAGAAAAUACGAAGCCGUAGAAGAGGGCUCUUUUUUUGUGUGGAGCGCUACUUAUCCUUUUUUGAACACCCACCCACGCGCGGAAAAAAGAUGGAUCGGUACCAGAGAGUGGAGAAGCCAAGAGUGGAGACGCCAAUUGAUGAGAACGAGAUUAGGAUUACCAGCCAGGGAAGGAUGCGCAACUACAUUACUUACGCCAUGACCCUGCUUCAGGAAAAAGGAUCGGACGAAAUUGUAUUCAAGGCUAUGGGGAGAGCUAUCAACAAGACUGUAACAAUCGUGGAGUUAAUUAAGAGAAGAAUUGUUGGUCUUCAUCAGAACACUACAAUUGGAUCUACCGACAUAACUGAUAUAUAUGAACCCCUUGAGGAAGGCCUCAACACCUUGGAGUCAACAAGGCAUGUGUCGAUGAUUGUGGUAACACUGUCCAAGAAGGAAAUAAAUACAUCUUCUAUCGGGUACCAGUCACCUUUACCUGCUGAGCUCGUGAAGGCAUCGACAGAGAUUGAUUAUGAAGGAGGGGGCUCACCAAAUGGUCGUGGCCGUGGACGUGGACGUGGCAGAGGAAGGGGAAGGUUUAGAGGAAAUGGCUUUGUGUCAGCUGAAUUUGAUGAUGGAGGUUACGACCGCAGUCGCGGUAACUUCAGGGGUAGGGGCCGUGGGAGAGGACGUGGUUUCCGAGGCCGUGGAAGGGGAGGGUACAACGGGCCCCAGUUUGAUGGACAACAAGAUGGAGAGUACAAUGAAGAAGCACCUGCUCAAGGUGGCCAUGGACGUGCCCGUGGAAGGGGGGGAUAUCGUGGAAGGGGCCGUGGCUAUAGGUCUAAUGGGCCGAUCCAGGCAGCUGCUUGAGGUGCAAUAUGGGUGUCACUGAACAUCAUGCAAAUGGCCAUUGUUGUGCCUUGUCAAUCUAUGUUUACUAUCUAUCCUUUCUUUCCAUGUUUAUUUAUCUCUGCGGUAUGGCAAACUACUAAUAUUAACUGUAAGGCAUGAUCACUGUAGAUUUAGUUUAGAGUCCUAUGAGGUAAUCCCCCCGUUUUGUCAUGUAGUUUAGGUGAGAUGUUUGAACGGUUGUAAUUUUCCAUCUGGAUUCAUCAGCGUAUUCUUUUAUUUUUGUUGGGAAA